GGAGGAGUCCCAUUCAGCAGCCACUGAGUCGCUUCACUUUGUUCACUGAAGACAACUUGUCAACAAAAAGCCCCCCUUCCUCCCCUCCUGAUGAUGAACCACACGAAAUAUCUCCACAUUUGUCUCUGGAUUUAAAAACAUGGCCGACCUCGACAAGGCAGACAGAAAAGGAGAAGACACUGAUAACCUUCUGUUUACUGAUCUGAAUAAAAAUAUGUUUGGAUUGGCUUCUCUGCCUCUGGAGCUGGACCACUGUGACCUCCUCCUGGAUGCAAUGGAUGGACAGCUUGAACAACUGCAGGUAUGGAGACACUCUCCAAACAAAGGUGCAGAAUUUAGGAUUACAACCCAAACAAAUGACACUUCCACGUUUCCUCUCGAUUUGAUGCACGCUCCAACGAUGGUGAAAACCUCUGAGAAUACAGCAGGUUGUUGGGAAGGUUCUGAGAGUCACAGGGAAACCAAACUUCUGGACAGGAGUGAUAACGAAGAAGAGUCUCAAAGGGAACAGGUCAUCUGGAGGCUAGAGAGGCUUCUUGGAGACAUCUGGAAGGGAGGAGCAAUCGCUGCAACCCGACCUCCUUCAGAGAGUAUCUGCACUGAGGACUUUGUGAGGYGCUUCAGAGAGGAGAUGGUUGAAUUGUCUCCAACAGAUCGGAUGGAACAGCUGAAGGAGGUGGAGGCUGACAGCAUCUCUGACAGUGGCCUGAGCAAUCAGAAGUCUCCAGCAGAUGAUCCACUGGAUCGCUGUUCCUGGUCCAACAAGCAACAGAGGAAAUGCAACUCUGGAAACUGUGGAGUAAAUAUGUCACCAGUUAACCAGAAAGAAGAUUUUGACCAUGAAAACCAAAUCCACAGUCCCAGCAGUGCUGCUGAGCCCAGAUGUUUGACUGGUGGAAUUUCUGUGAGAAGUCUGGACCCUGUGUCUGUCAGUGACUCCGACACCUCAACAGAAGAAAAUGAUCUUCAGUCUGCAUCAGUAAGGAAUCAAUCUAAUGGACCAUUCAGAGGUCUAUCUGCUCAUAAAACUCACAGUAACAGGAGAAAAACCUGCAGACUUGUGCAUUUUUUGAGGGAUAAUGAGGACAUAAAUGAAGAAAGUGACCACAGGAGUGAGGGUCCUGACCACAGGAGUGAGGGUCCUGACCACAGGAGUGAGGGUCCUGACCACAGGAGUGAGGGUCCUGAAAAUAUGAAAAAGAGGAAAAGAAACUACAGCUGAAGCUCCAGCAGAGAACGAAGCAYUUACAGCAGCUCAGUGCAGACACAGCACAGAUGGAGCAGAAGAAGAGGACUUUGGAGUCGGUUCUGAGAGACAUGAGAGCAGAGAAACAGUCUGUUAGCUUCCAGCUCCAGCAGCUGCAAAGGCAAAGAGACUCUCGUCUUCUUCUGGUCCAAAAGGAUGAAGAACAUUUAGCAGCUCUGCAUCAUCAUAACCAGACUCUAAAGGACAGAUCCUGCAUGAACACACACAAACAGAGCAAAGCCAUGUUGUCACAGCUGGAGUGUGAGGAGAUGGAGCGACAGCUGAACUGGACCAAAACUGAAUUAUUUACUGAGCAGCGACAAGCAAGAGAGAAGAUUGAAUUACUUCAAGAGAAGUUGGAGGAGACGUGUGAGGAGCUCCUCAGGGCCACAGAGGCUGAACGCUCACUGAGAAACAGAUGUGCCGCUCUGGAAAACCAGAUUCACAGAAAUGAACAGACUGAGCAGAGAGGGGAAACCGUUUUGCGGCUCCCGCAGGACGUUGAGCUGGAGACAGAGAYGGAGCAGCAGCUCAGAUUCUGGGCCCAGCAGCUGACAGCAGAGUGCCAACAGCUGCACCUCUUAGUGGAGCGAGAUGGAGCUCAACAAGGAGCUGAGGAGAUCCAUCAGAGUUUUACUCUUGCYGAAGCUCUUCUACAGCUGAGAACAAAGCGUGAGCUGAAGCUCUUCAUCGGUCAUCUUCAACUGAAGCUGGAGUCACAGAAACACACUAAUGGGCAGCUGAAGAAGGAGAAGGAACAAGCCUUGAGCAUCCAAAGACAACAGCUGAGAGCAGAAAAAGAUCAAGCUUUGGAUUCUUUAAGGACACGUCUCAUACAGGAGCCCAUUGAGGAGGUGAGCAGUGUGAAGUGUGCUCAUGAGACAGGAGGAGUCACAGCAUGUCUCCGCAGACAGUUGCAGGACAAAGACAGGGAGCUCAGAAAGCCCUGUGCUCUCACUGGCUUCACGCAGCAGACUGUGCAGCCGCUCACAUCCCCUCAGACGUGGCAUCAUUAAAGCUCCUGCAUCACCUGCAGAGCAAAGUUUAGCAGCUCCAAGGAGAAAACCAGACCUUCAUGUGGAGUCCAAAUCCACCACAUAUAGAGGCUCUAAAUAUGUCAGAAACWUGUCU